AUGCUGUUAUGGAUCAUGAACUCUCUCAGCCCUUUAGAGAUACGAUCACGUAUCCUCAUCGAUUCUGUAUUUCAGCAAUUGAUGUUGGAUUGGUUGGAUGAUUGUCAACAAGGUGAUUACUCAUCUGGAAGUUUGACUGAUAUAAAAACACAUCAUGCUGCUCAUGGCGUGGAUGUAGAUUCUGACGAAUGUGAUGCGCGAUCUGUUUUAAUGUUGGCCCAUGUUCAGCCGGCAAACAUAUGCACUGCUGACGAAGUCACAGAAGUGUACAGCCAAGUGCUGCAUGAUGCAGAUGACAUCAUGUAUGCAUCCAAUCAGCAUCGCUGUAGGUUGCAGACAUCUACUUCAAAAGGCUGCAGAUGUACAGCUGAAAGUACAUGUCGGGCUCAUUUUUCUCAUGAGCUAUAUCCGUCCACACAUGUCGACAAUGAUACAGGGGCUAUUCACUUUAAAAAGACAGAGCCAUGGAUCAACACUUUCAAUCUUGUAAUGUUUCAUGCUCUUCGAUGUAACACCAACAUUACCUGUCUAUUAUCGGGAAUGCAGGUGUGUGCCAUUAUUGCAUACAUCACAGAUUAUGUUACCAAAUCUCCUCUUCAGAUGCAUUCCAUAUUCGAAAGCAUU